CCGCGCCUGGCCGGGUGGCUGCGGCGGCGGUGGCGGCCGGCGGGCCAUGCUGCUAAAGCUACUGCAGCGCCAGACCUACACCUGCCUGUCUCACCGCUAUGGGCCCUGCCUCUGCCUCGGUGGCCUCGUCCUCAUGAUCGUCUCCGCCCUGCAGUUCGGGGAGGUUGUGUUGGAGUGGAGCAGAGAUCAGUAUCAUGUUAUGUUUGAUUCAUACAGAGACAACGUUGCGGGCAAAUCGUUUCAGAAUCGGCUUUGUUUACCCAUGCCAAUUGAUGUGGUAUACACCUGGGUGAACGGCACAGAUGUUGAACUGAUCAAAGAACUGCAACAGGUCAGAGAACAGAUGGAGGAAGAACAGAAAAUAAUGAGGGAAAUCCUUGGAAAGAAUGCAACAGAACCAACCAAGAAGAGUGAGAAGCAACUGGAAUGUUUGUUGACACACUGCGUUAAAGUGCCAAUGCUUGUUCUGGAUCCUGCACUGCUGACCAACAUCACGCUGAAAGACCUCCUGUCCAUUCAUCCUACUUUACAAGCUGCUAAUAAUAUGUUCUUUGUAGCAAAACCAAAAAAUCCUUCCACCAACGUGACAGUGAUUGUUUUUGAUAACCCUAAGGAUGCUGAAGCUGCCCAUUCUGGAAUGUUGAAAGACAACAGCAAGCAUAUAGUAUGGAGGGGUUACUUGACUACAGACAAAGAAGUUCCAGGUCUAGUGUUAAUGCAAGACUUGGCCUUCCUUAGUGGAUUUCCAGCUACAUUCAAAGAAACAAAUCAGCUGCGAUCAAAACUACCGGAGAGCCUGGCCUCUAAAGUAAAAUUGUUGCAGCUCUAUUCAGAAGCCAGUGUGGCUCUUUUGCAACUGAAUAACCCCAAGGGUUUCCAUGAACUGAGCAAACAAGCGAAGAAGAACAUGACUAUAGAUGGAAAAGAAUUAACGCUUAAUCCUGCUUACUUACUGUGGGACCUGAGCUCCAUUAGUCAGUCUAAGCAGGAUGAAGAUAUUUCUGCCAGCCGUUUUGAAGAUAACGAAGAGCUGAGGUAUUCCUUACGAUCAAUAGAGAGACAUGCUCCUUGGGUGCGACAUAUUUUCAUUGUCACUAAUGGGCAGAUUCCUUCCUGGCUUAACCUGGAUAAUCCCCGGAUAACCAUAGUGACCCACCAGGAAAUAUUUCAGAAUGUGAGUCACUUGCCAACCUUCAGUUCACCAGCUAUUGAAAGCCACAUUCAUCGUAUCAACGGUCUCUCUCAGAAGUUUAUCUAUCUCAAUGAUGAUGUUAUGUUUGGAAAGGAUGUUUGGCCUGAUGAUUUUUACAGUCACUCUAAAGGUCAAAAGGUUUACUUGACUUGGCCUGUGCCAAACUGUGCUGAAGGAUGUCCUGGUUCAUGGAUCAAAGAUGGUUACUGUGAUAAAGCCUGUAAUAACUCGGCUUGUGAUUGGGAUGGAGGUGACUGCAUUGGUAACAGUGGAGGUAGUCGCUAUGUUGCUGGUGGUGGUGCAGUAGGAGGUAUAGGGAAUGGACCACCAUGGCAGUUUGGUGCAGGAAUAAGUGGUGUUUCAUACUGUAACCAAGGUUGUGCUAAUUCCUGGCUAGCAGAUAAAUUCUGUGAUCAGGCCUGCAAUGUCCUCUCCUGUGGAUUUGAUGCUGGUGACUGUGGGCAAGAUCACUUUGAAGAAAUGUACAAGGUGACACUUCAGCUAAAUCAAACCUACUAUGUUGUUCCAAAAGGUGAAUGUCUGCCCUAUUUCAGCUUCAGUGAAAUAGCCAAGAAAGCAAUUGAGGGUUCAUAUAGUGAUAAUCCAAUUAUCCGACAUGCUUCAGUUGCAAACAAAUGGAAGACUAUCCACCUCAUAAUGCACAGUGGCAUGAAUACAACUGUGAUCUAUUUUAAUCUUACGUUUCUAAAUAAAAAUGAUGACGAGUUUAAAAUGCACGUAGCUGUUGAAGUUGAUACUAGAGAGGAACCAAAACUGAAUACAACUUCAAUGCAAAAAUCCAACUCUGAUUUUAAAACAACAACAAUACCAGAAGCUGAGAUGAUAUUUGAAGAUAUUCCUGAAGAAAAACGCUUUCCAAGAGUCAAGAGACAUCGAAAUGGCACAGGAGAGAGUCUCCAUGAAGAGGUGAUAAUACCUUCAGUGAAUCCAUCUCUCCUUCCUGAAAGUGUUCAACUAGCACUGCAGAACCUAGACUUAAAACUAGCAAACGGUGAUAUCACUCAGAAGGGGUUUAACCUAUCCAAGGCUGCUCUCCUGAGACCUUUUCAGUUCUUAACUACAGUAAGGAAGAUUGCAGGUCUGGAAGAGAAUGGAGUGCAUUAUAGUCUACAAGAUCAGAAGAAUGUAACCAGCUGGCAGAAGCCUCAUGAAGAUGUAAACAAUGGCAAAAUAGAAAAAACAAAAGCAAAUGAUGAAUUUCUACCAAGGCUUACAGGAACAAAGGAGACUGGUGUGACAGUGAACACAAAUAAACCAAUUUCUAGGAUAAAGCCUAAAUCCGCACAUCCAGCCCAGAGCAUAGGAAAUGAAAAUGAACCAAAAGAUAAAGUAUUGAAUGCGCUUAUAUUAAGGGGAACCCAGAAAUCAAAAAAUACUGCAAAUGUAGAAGCUGGAGAAGAUGCAGAGGGAAUGGAAGGAAAGAAAGGGCAUGUACAGUUGGAUACAAAUAUAAGAAAGGAGUUAGUGGGAAGAAAAUUGCAGUCUUAUGCAGGAAGUUACCAAGGCUUUUUGCCAUGGGAGAAAAAGAAGUAUUUCCAGGACCUUCUUGAUGAGGAAGAGUCAUUACUCAAAGAAAUGUCAUACUUUACUGAUGGUAGACAUCUUGGAAGGCAGCUGAAAGAUACAUUUGCUGAUUCCCUUCGAUAUGUAAAUAAGCUUUUAAACAGUAAAUUUGGAUUUACAUCUCGGAAAGUCCCUGCUCAUAUGCCUCACAUGAUUGACCGCACUGUUAUGCAAGAGCUGCAGGACAUGUUUCCUGAGGAGUUUGACAAGACAUCAUUUCACAAAGUGCGGCACUCAGAAGAUAUGCAGUUUGCUUUUUCAUAUUUCUACUAUCUUAUGAGUGCAGUUCAGCCACUGAAUGUUUCUCAGAUCUUCGAUGAGGUUGAUACAGACCAGUCAGGGAUUUUGUCUGACCGAGAGAUUCGCACACUGGCCACAAGAAUCCAUGAACUACCAUUAAGUUUGCAGGAUUUGACAGGUCUGGAACAAAUGCUAAUAAAUUGUUCGAAAUCUCUUCCUGCUAACAUCACUCAGAUCCAUGUCAUUCCACCAACUCAGGAAGCAUAUUAUGAUCCCAAUCUGCCUCCGGUGACUAAAAACCUAGUGACUAAUUGCAAACCUGUGACUGACAGAAUUCGUAAGGCAUACAAGGACAAAAACAAAUAUAGGUUUGAAAUCAUGGGAGAAGAGGAAAUUGCCUUCAAAAUGAUUCGCACAAACGUGUCUCAUGUAGUUGGUCAGCUGGAUGACAUACGAAAAAAUCCCAGAAAAUUUGUUUGCUUAAAUGAUAACAUUGAUCACAAUCAUAAGGAUGCUCAGACAGUGAAAGCGGUGCUUAGGGAUUUUUAUGAAUCAAUGUUUCCUAUUCCUUCCCAAUUUGAACUGCCAAGAGAAUAUCGGAAUCGUUUCCUUCAUAUGCAUGAACUCCAGGAAUGGAGGGCAUAUAGAGACAAGCUGAAAUUCUGGACCCACUGUGUUCUAGUAACACUUAUAGUAUUUACAGUCAUCUCAUUUUUUGCUGAACAGCCUUCUGUAUACAUUGAAAACUCACCCUGCGUUAGUAACUUUAUUUUGGAAGGGAGUAUUCAACUCAGUAGGACAGCUAGCUAAUCGCACUUAAACGAAAGAUUUUUCCAAGAAGGAGGAUCCAAAAGGAAGAUGGUCAUGAACGAAUCAAAGUGUAGAAGAGCUUUAUUUUGGAGAUCAGACUACCUCAAGAUGUGAUAAGCAUUUAAAAUCUCUCUUGCAUAAGUGUCUUUUAUGGUUUGAUAUUUAACCGAGUUGAUAUGAAGAAAAAAAAUCAUGCAUGUACAUCUAUAAUCUCUGCAGUACUCUAUGAUAUACAAGCUGCUGAACUGUGACAGAAAGCUAAACAAAAAUGGCAGGAGCCUGUAUAUAGGCAAAUUUCAAGUGAUCUUACUUUACAAAUGUUGGUUCAUGGCCAUGCUAUCCUUUUUUAUAAAAAGGGUUACCUAAAGAAAUGUAGCUGCAUUUAUUGCAGAGGAUGUUGCCAACUACAUAUAAUGUUGGAAGGCAGAGUUGUUUGGGAUGAGCUUAACAGAUCCUUGAUCUUGCAUUCCGAAAGAUUUCUGCAGAAUUCUGUCACUGCUUUCUUUUUUUUUUCCUCCAGCCCUAUGGGAAUUACUUAAUUUGUCAUUUACCCUUAGUCUACAUUUAAUGCCAUUGGCAUUCCUUAAAGCACAGUGACAAUUCACUCCGCCCAGUUUGUAGUAUUUAAUUGGGAUUUUGAAGAAAUGCAUGCUAAUAAGAAUACAUGGUAACAGAACAGGUAGUGAUUAUUUUAAAAUUACUUUACAUUUUAUCUGGUGUAUUAUAUUCCAAAGAAUACAGUGGAUGUCGUAUCUUGAUUACAAAGAGAGGGUUGUAAUCAAGUGAAAGUGAUUAAGUUAUAUUGUUUUAAAAGCACUGUAAAUAUGACAACAAAAGUGCCUCUCUAUCUGAAUGGGUAAUGAACUGCUUUAAUGUAGCAAUGUGUGGGAGCAAUGUUUCACUUCAUAAAACAAUAUUUAUACUGACAAA